UUGUGCGUGAUGACGUCAUGACGCAGCAGCGCGGUCAGCUGACGGUCGCCUCCGAGCGAAGGAGAGGUAGACAUUUUGAAUCGGAGAAGCGAGAAGUGCGGUGGCACCGGUUACACAGGAACGGUCCGGCGGUAGUGGGACUGGAGGAGAGCGGCAUUUAGUCAUGGCAGGACAACACUGAACGGCUGCCAACAUGAUUGGAGGACUGUUCAUCUACAACCACAAGGGGGAGGUGCUGAUCUCCCGGGUGUACCGCGAUGACAUAGGGCGCAAUGCGGUGGACGCGUUCCGUGUGAACGUGAUCCACGCCCGGCAGCAGGUCCGCUCGCCCGUCACCAACAUCGCCCGCACCAGCUUCUUCCACGUUAAGCGCUCCAACAUCUGGCUGGCGGCCGUCACCAAGCAGAAUGUCAACGCCGCCAUGGUCUUCGAGUUCCUCUACAAGAUGUGCGACGUGAUGACCGCUUACUUCGGCAAGAUCAGCGAGGAGAACAUCAAGAACAACUUCGUGCUCAUCUACGAGCUGCUGGACGAGAUCCUGGACUUUGGCUACCCCCAGAACUCUGAAACUGGAGCCCUGAAGACCUUUAUCACCCAGCAGGGCAUUAAGAGUCAGCACCAUACCAAGGAGGAGCAGUCUCAGAUCACUAGCCAGGUGACGGGGCAAAUCGGUUGGCGUCGUGAGGGGAUCAAGUACCGGAGAAAUGAGCUUUUCCUGGAUGUGCUGGAGAGCGUCAACCUGCUAAUGUCCCCGCAAGGCCAGGUUCUGAGUGCCCAUGUGUCUGGCCGGGUCGUGAUGAAGAGCUACCUGAGCGGAAUGCCCGAGUGUAAGUUUGGCAUGAACGACAAGAUCGUCAUCGACAAGCAGGGCAAGGGCGGCGCGACAGACGAUGCGGGAAAGAGUGAAUUAGGGGGCAGCAGUGGAAAGCAGUCCAUCGCCAUCGACGACUGCACCUUCCACCAAUGCGUGCGACUCAGCAAGUUCGACUCGGAGAGGAGUAUCAGCUUCAUCCCGCCCGACGGGGAGUACGAGCUCAUGAGGUACCGCACCACUAAGGACAUCAUCCUGCCCUUCCGGGUCAUUCCUCUGGUCAGGGAAGUCGGCCGCACCAAGCUGGAGGUGAAGGUGGUCAUCAAGUCCAACUUCAAACCCUCCCUGCUGGCCCAGAAGAUUGAGGUGCGAAUCCCCACCCCGCUCAACACCAGCGGGGUGCAGGUGAUCUGUAUGAAGGGCAAAGCCAAGUACAAGGCCAGUGAGAACGCCAUCGUGUGGAAGAUCAAGCGCAUGGCCGGGAUGAAGGAGUCGCAGAUCAGCGCCGAGAUCGAGCUGCUGCCCACAAACGAUAAGAAGAAGUGGGCGCGUCCCCCCAUCUCCAUGAACUUCGAGGUGCCCUUCGCUCCCUCUGGACUCAAGGUUCGCUAUCUCAAGGUGUUCGAGCCCAAGCUGAACUACAGCGACCACGAUGUCAUCAAAUGGGUGCGCUACAUUGGCCGCAGUGGCAUCUACGAGACCCGCUGUUAGUGCUACUGGAGCCGUGGGGGGGCGGGGGUGAGGGGGACACACUCUCAAAUAGGAGGCCUGAGGAGACGACGCUGGUGGCCGUGUAAUGGUGGUGAUAUUCAGGUGUCUGACGGAUGGCUGCAGGAGGGAACCGGAGAUGGUUUCUGCGUUAAAACACUGCGUCUAUAAGCAUGUACUCGAAACAGGGAUGAACCCCCCUCCCAUCUGUUGGGGUGUGUUGAAGCUUGCCCUUUGAUAUCCCCUCCCCCCACCUGCACUUUGGACCAUUCCUUUUCCCUCUCCCCCUAUAAGUUAGUGGUAUAGUCGGCUCCAGUGCCUCCCUGCUCAUUAUAUCCUGUGAGUUUUGUCAGCUGGUUUUCUCUUACCGCCGUGCGCUCCGUGUGCUGUGCCCCCCCUCCCCCCCCCUUGCUCCCGCUCGCCGCUGACUGUGCUGCUUCUCUUUCCACUCUGCUUGCUCUCCAUCUCCCUGCGAGUGUUUCGUUCCCGUGACCAAAUCCUUUCGCCGUUAAGGAACACGAAGCAGCAGUAGGAGCAGUCAUGCGGCUAAUGCGAAUAUCGCGACGCGAAAAAAAAUCCGAUUUAGAUCCAAACGGCUUCGCUUAGUGGUAGCGUAUGUGUCCAAGUGUAAGUCCAGCUAGCGUGUGCUGUUGCCCCCUUGUGGGUGAGCUUGGCAUCUCUCAGGGGGCACCAGGGAGACCAACUGGCUCAGUCUACGCCCCUGUCCUGCCCAUUUUCUGACGUCAGGGGAUGUUGGUUGGUCCUUUAAACCCAGAAAGCAGAUGGGGGGGGGGGUUGCCCCUGGGCCCCCACAGCCCUCAUAGCCCUUAGCGGCCAUGCACCCCCCCUCCAGCACAGAGUGGUGCGCCUCCAGAGGUGGGGAGAAUGGCUGCACCCAGCACAAAGUUCCCCAAACACUACAGUCCUGCUGAACACCACCUGAAGCCCCCACUGCCCUCACCUGCUGCAUCCUGAGAGAGGCCCAGAACGUGCCGCCCCCUCCCCCCUCCUUCCUGCUUUGGUGUUCAGUCUUCAUUUGGUAAUUUUGUGACUGUCCAGUUAACCCAAAUAAACGUCAUAACCAGA